AAAAAAAAAAAAAUAGAUGGAAACAAGAAUGACUGUGAUGCUGAAAAUAUAAAAGCAUAGCGAAUCAACUGACACCAUCUUAGCAUCUCAUCCCCAUCCUCAUCAAAGCCAUGCACAGUCUUGCUAUUCUCACAUUGUCGCUGGUCAGCGUAGUGGUUGCCCAGAAUGAAGGUGGCCCAGUGUCGCUGCCUCGUCCAAUUCCUUCCUUGACUCUCCCAUCUGUGCCAUCUGGGUUCCCUACUACUUUUCCUUCGGCGUUCCCAUCGGCGUUCCCAACCAUUGCUCCAUCUAGUCUGCCGCAGACAGCGGGACCGUCCAGUGUGACAGCAAGUAUAGCACCCAGUGGAGCGCCUACCCCGAGGGCCACAAGUUCUCCGACGAACCCAAUAGGCAAUUCCCCAAGCAAUCUACCAGGAGGAGAUUGCAUGCAACUAGUGAGUGGGCUCGUCGACUGUGAAAGUGAAUUUGUCCGGGCUGCCAUUACCCAGUCCAUCGAUUACCCCUCCGAAGCCUUUGACACGGCAAUCGCAAAAUUUAGCUCCUGCACAUGCGACAUGUUCGGAAAACUCAAUAGCCUCCAAAGCUGCAAGAGCAAUAUGAACGACCAAGAGUUGAAGGAUGUGAAAGGCGUUUGUGCCGAACAGCCUUUGAGUGUCAACAAAGUUUUCCUAGCCAUUGGAAAGGCUACCGGACAAACUGCUACGAUCAAGUUGCCAAAUGGAAAGACUGUCACCCCACCGUUCAAGAAUGCAAAGGGUGAGGUUGUCAACAGUGCUCAGAACACUGGAGCCUCUCUCAUGGGGGUCAUUGGGUUGGCUUUGGCUGUCGUUGCUGCUAUGUAGAUUUCAACUUCUGUAACAAGAAAAUACCUCAUAGACUGCUGGCAAAUAUAAGCAGAGCACACUAGUUUAGAUGGGCUAGAUGAGCAUAGUUCGCAAAUAAAAAAAAGUUAUAUCCAA